AUGGAUGCCGGAAUAGGGAUCCUCGAUUUUUUUGCAGGGAAGAACAUUUUUGUUACCGGUGCUACCGGCUUACUCGGAAAAGUUAUUGUGGAGAAGAUAUUAAGAUCAACAUCGGUGGGCAAAGUGUACUUGCUAAUUAAGGCAAAAGACAAGGAAGCUGCAUUUAAUAGAUUAAACUGCGAGAUAAUAAACUCAGAAUUAUUCAAGUGUUUGAAAGAGAAAUAUGGGAAAUCUUUCGAAGCAUUUGUGAAGGCAAAGGUAAUAGCUGUGGUGGGAGAUAUCUGUCACCCAAAUCUUGGAAUGGAUUUUGAAAGUAUUGAAUCAAUUAGAAAAGAUGUAAAUAUUAUCAUCCAUUCUGCAGCUUGCACUACCUUUAAUGAGAGGUAUGACGUGUUGUUUGAAAGCAACGUGAUUGCACCUCAACGAAUAAUGAGGUUUGCCAAGACAUGCAACAAUCUCCAACUCUUCACACACAUAUCUACAGCUUAUGUUACUGAGAGAGAAGAAGCAGAAGAAGAAGAAGGUGUUGUAUUCGAAAAGCCAUUGAAUAUGAGAGGAGGCCUUGAUGUAGCUGAUGAGAUUAGCUUGCUUCUCAAAUCAUCCCCAAACAACAUUGAUGCCCCCAAAUUUUACAAAAAGCUUGGCCAACAGAGAGCAAGCUUGUUGGGAUAUAGUACUACAUAUCAGUUAUGUAAGGCUAUGGGUGAGAUGUGUUUGAAUGAAAUGAGAGGAGAUGUUUCUUUGCUCAUAAUUAGGCCAGCCUGCAUUGAGAGCUGUCACAGUGAACCUCUUCCAGGUUGGAUACAAGGAAUGAGGAUGCUUGAUCCAGCGGUCAUUUCUUAUGGAAAAGGAUUGAUGCCAGUUUCUUACGCAAAUCCUAAAGUGCCUUUAGAUAUUGUACCAGUAGAUUUGGUAGCAAAUUUGACGAUUGCAGCUAUUGCAAAGCAUGGGAAUAGACACACGACACAACCCAUAGUCUAUUACUCCACAUCCAGUCUUGACAAUCCAAUCACAUUUUUCGAUAUUUUUGAAUAUCUAUAUGAUUACUUUAAAGAGACACCUUUGAUUGAAAAUCUAAGUAUAUCAAAAACCAAAUUCAUCGAAGAUUUUGAGGAGUUCUCUAAAUGUUUGAGAGAGGAAAUUAUGCGAUGUAAUGGAGGUGGUGAAGAUAGAAAGAUAAUUCGACGUUGCAAUGCCAUAGCUCAGUACGUUGAACAACUAUGUAAGAUAUAUGAAUUUGCUGGAUUCCUCAAACCAAGGUACCAUACAGGUAAUACUCGUAAAUUAAUCCAAGAAAUGUCAAGGGAGGAAAAACUUAACUUUGAAGUGGAUGUGAAAAUUAUCAAUUGGAAAAUAUAUUUUCAUGAGAUUUACAUUCCAGGAGUGAUAAAAUAUUUAACUCAAUGA